AUGGGAGGCGCUCUGGCCGUCUACUUCCUCAGGAACACCUUCAGGGCAUUCCAAUACACCCGCCUCAUGACCGCCAAGAACAAGACGCUUUUCCACAUGCUCACCCUGAGCCAACUCGUCGGCGUCGUCGUCUCUAUCGUCUUUCUGCUCGCCGAUUUCUUUCCCCAGUUCAACUGUACAGCGGUCGGAGUACUCAAGAAAGGCGGGGUGCUGCUCUCUUCUACUCUCCUGGUACCAGGCAUCCUCGGUACCAAAGCCUAUCGAUGUCUCAGCGACGCCGGCUUCGUGAUCGUCGUUCUGUGCGUACUACGCUCUUCAAUUAUUGCCGUGUCGGGCAUCGUCAUGGCAGAAUACCGGGGAGCGAGGAGAUUCACAGGAACGUGCGAGACUGUAAACGAGUCCUCGCUGCUUCCUAUCUCUAUCUUCCUCCAGUUCGCUGAAUCUUGCUUCAUCUGUUUAUGUUUCCUCUACGCUGUAUACAGGUCAUAUCGGAGCCCCGCCGAGAUCGCCCGGCUGUCACUCCCAUUAACCUCGGACGGUUCGGACGCGGCAGAUGACCGAGAUCGCCGACGCGAUACUCGCAGAGGCUGGUGGGACUACGUCCCGAGCCCUAAUAAUACGACGGGCGAAAAGCGUGCCGCACCUGGCCCUCCGUUUCAAGGUACAUGCCUCGACACUGGGAUCAACAGGAAGCAGAAGUGCGCCUCCCACCGCUUUCACCGAUGGCUUCUCGGCAACCCGACCACAGGGCAGAACGCGCCUCCAACUGCUCCAAGUCAUCCAGAAGCAUCACCCUCGCAGACCCCACCGCGAACGUCAGCCGUGUCUAUAGUGGUGUCUCCAAGUCGCCCUUCGAUCAUCCGCGAACCGGACUGUCCUUACCCUCGAGCGAGCUCUCCACCACCACCGUCGGUAAUGAAUAGGAUCAUACGCUACGUACCCCGAGCUGAGGUUUUUCGCACCAUGCUGAGGAACGAGCUUCUGUAUACAACCUUCAUAACGACCGUGCUGUUGGCUAUCGGAGUCAUUAUGCUUAUCGGGGUCACGCAGCAACUAUUGCUCGGCGCGAAUAGCUGGAUCAUGCUUGACUGGCUCGUCCUGUCCCUGUGUACCAUGCACAGCUUCUCCCGCGUUGCUCAUCGGCACGAGCGAGAAGCCUGGCUCCAGGACCCGGUCAACUGGCGCGCUAUGCGCCGAGCCGAGGUCGAAGACAUCACUGCCCUGCGCCCGAAACGAGCCCAUCGCUCUUGGUCACCCGUCUCUGUUGACUGGCACCAGCAUAUCCGUCACCGACAUUCCGAUGAUCCCUCCGAGCCGGCCCACCAUCGCUCAGCCGCGGACAUGUCCGAGUUCACCACCACCAGCCCUACCACGGAUCCCCCCGCGCCAUCCUCGCCUGGCUCCCUCUCCGUUUCCUCUUCACGUCAGCGUGCGCGCUCCACUUCCUUCAUCCGCUCCCCACGAUCCCAAAUCCGCUUCCCGGUCAUCCCCUCCUCCGCCUCGUCAUCGUGCCCACAUGCCUCCCUCUCUCCUUCUCCGUCACCUCCACCGACCCCGAUCCGCGCGCUCACUGCGGCACUCCACCUCCCACCGUCCCGCGUGCCCAACCCGGGCUCGCCCGCGAUCCUCCCCUCGCCCGAAUGGCCGUCGACGGCGGUCAGCACGCCGCGGACGGGCGACACCGCCGCCACGGCCCCCGGGCUCGGCCGCUCGUCGUCUACGCCCGGACGGCGGUCGCGGCGCGGGUCCGCGUCGACCGCUGGGCGCGGGGCGCGGUGGCCGCGCGCGCGCAGUCCCGACUUCUACAACCUCGACCCGGACAACUUGAGGUAG